CCUUAGGGUAGGGCUAAGACUGUUUUUUUCGUCAACAACAAUAAAAGUAUUGGAGUAAAUUACUGUUUGAACCCGGAGCAUAUAAUCGAGGACGUCUUGAUUUAACGCUACACACUCUUACUACAAUGUCAACAGAAGGAGAUUUUGUGCCCCAGGCUGAAGAAGUCGUCGAAAAUGUUGAGGCUGUUGAGCAGGAAACUGCUCCUUCCACCCAAUUGUCUGUCGAAGAUGCUUUGAAGGAGGUUUUGAAGCGUGCCCUUGUUCACGAUGGUCUUGCUCGUGGUAUUCGUGAAGCUUCCAAGGCUCUUGAUCGUCGUCAAGCUCACCUUUGCGUUCUUUGCGAAAGCUGUGACCAAGAAGCUUACGUUAAGCUUGUUGAAGCUCUCUGCGCUGAAUCCCAAACUCCUCUGGUUAAGGUUGCUGAUCCCAAGGUUUUGGGUGAAUGGGCUGGCCUUUGCGUCCUUGACCGUGAUGGCAAUGCUCGUAAGGUCGUUGGUUGCUCUUGCAUUGCUGUCACCGACUACGGUGAAGACUCUGUUGCUUUGCAAACUUUGCUUUCUAGUUUUGCCGCUUAAAGCUAGGCGUGAAUUUCUCGAUAGCAAUACAUCACAUUCUUCAGCAUACAAAA